GCGAGGCGAGUAGAAGUGGGAAUGGUAUCUUCAAUAUGUUGAGGCGUAUGAGAGUUAAUUAUGCGUACAAUAAGCUCCUUGGCAACUGAUUUAUACACAGGCACACUGUUGUAUCUCGCAUCAACACAAGAAGAAGCUUUUUCUGUACCCAGAACCUAGGACUUUGGAGUGCGGAAUUAGGGCUUAUAGAGUAGAGAUCGGCUCCGGAUGUUGGUUUAGGGUUUUGCUUCGUUUCGUUCAGCAAAUCAAUCACACAUGUCGAAGAGAAAGUUUGGAUUCGAAGGCUUCGGCAUCAAUCGCCAAUCAACCUACAACUUCGAGCGAUCACAAGCGCCCCAAAGACUAUAUGUUCCACCUUCCUCACGUUCUGCUUCUGGCUCUGGUUCUGGUGCUGCUCACGACAAUUACGAAGACACCGACCUAGACAACAUUGAAUACGAUGACCCAGACGCUACCAACGUCGCCGCCGUCGACGGAGAUGUUGACGAGAUUGAUCCUCUCGAUGCAUUUAUGGAGGGAAUUCACGAGGAGAUGAAGGCAGCGCCACCUCCAAAGGCGAAAGAGAAGGCGGAGAAGUAUAGGGACGAUGAAGAGGAUGAUCCGGUUGAGAGUUUCUUGAGGGCUAAGAAGGAUGUGGGCUUGACGUUGGCGUCCGAUGCUCUUCGUGCCGGCUAUGAUUCCGACGAGGAGGUUUAUGCUGCUGCCAAGGCGAUUGAUGAGGGAAUGAUGGAGUAUGAUUCCGAUGAUAAUCCAAUUGUUGUUGACAAGAAGAAGAUUGAGCCCAUUCCUGCUUUGGAUCAUAGUUCCAUCGACUACGAGCCCUUCAAUAAGGAUUUUUAUGAAGAAAAGCCUUCUAUAUCAGGUAUGAGUGAGCAGGAAAUUGGAGAAUACCAAAAGAGCUUGGCGAUUCGUGCAUCAGGUUUCGAUGUUCCAAGACCAAUCAAAGCAUUUGACGACUGUGGAUUUUCUUCGGAACUAAUGAAAGCUAUCGCGAAACAAGCUUAUGAAAAACCUACGCCAAUACAGUGCCAAGCUUUACCAAUUGUGCUUUCUGGGAGAGAUAUAAUUGGUAUAGCGAAAACUGGUUCGGGAAAAACUGCUGCUUUUGUGCUUCCUAUGAUUGUCCAUAUAAUGGAUCAGCCUGAACUUGAAAAAGAAGAAGGUCCUAUUGGAGUAAUUUGUGCUCCUACCAGAGAAUUAGCGCAUCAGAUAUAUUUAGAGGCCAAGAAAUUUGCCAAAUCGCACGGAAUACGUGUUUCUGCAGUCUAUGGUGGGAUGUCCAAGCUUGAUCAAUUCAAAGAACUCAAGGCAGGAUGUGAGAUAGUUGUUGGUACUCCCGGUAGAUUGAUAGACAUGCUAAAAAUGAAGGCAUUGACAAUGUUAAGGGCAACUUACCUAGUGUUUGAUGAGGCUGAUCGGAUGUUUGACCUUGGAUUUGAGCCUCAAAUAAGGUCCAUUGUUGGUCAAAUUCGGCCAGAUCGCCAAACCUUACUCUUUUCAGCGACAAUGCCCCGCAAAGUUGAAAAGUUAGCUUGGGAAAUUCUCACUGAUCCUAUAAGAGUUACUGUGGGGGCGGUGGGAAUGGCCAAUGAGGAUAUUACUCAAGUUGUUCAAAUAAUUCCUUCUGAUGUUGAGAAGAUGCCCUGGCUUCUUGAAAAGCUACCUGGACUAAUUGAUAAUGGAGAUGUUCUAGUGUUUGCUUCAAAGAAAGCCAGAGUGGACGAGCUUGAAUCAGAAUUGGCUCAGAGAGGGUUUAAAGUUGCAGCACUUCAUGGUGAUAAAGAUCAGGCUUCUCGGAUGGACACAUUACAAAAAUUUAAAUCUGGGACGUACCAUGUUCUUAUUGCAACUGAUGUCGCUGCACGUGGUCUUGACAUCAAGUCAAUUAAGUCAGUGGUCAACUUUGAUAUAGCAAGAGACAUGGAUAUGCAUGUCCAUAGAAUUGGGAGAACAGGUCGUGCUGGUGAUAAGGAAGGGACUGCAUACACUCUUGUUACACAGAAAGAGUCUCGAUUUGCAGGAGAAUUGGUUAACAGCCUGAUUGCUGCUGGUCAAAAUGUGUCCAAUGAACUGAUGGAUCUUGCUAUGAAGGACGGGAGAUUCAGAUCCAAACGUGAUGCAAGAAAAGGAGGUGGAAAAAGGGCUAAAGGAAGGGGGGCCGGUGGUCGAGGUGUUCGUGGUGUGGAUUUUGGUCUGGGCAUUGGAUAUAAUCCAGAAUCGAACAAUAUUUCAUCCAACACUGUUCCAAGUCGUUCUGCUGCUGUCAAUUCACUGAGGACAGGAGUUAUGGCACAAUUCAAAAGCAACUUUGUAGCUGCUGCAUCUAAUACUCAAAAUCAGGGAGUAAAUCAUAGUUUGGGAUCGAAUGCCAACAAGAAGACGAUGUUAUCUGGAUUUGUUUCUGGAGGUACAAUAGGUGGGGAUAUAAAUACUGGUCAGACAACCAAUUCAUCAGGUCCUGCUCCAUCAAGAGGAAAUACCACUAGUCAGAGUUGUAAAGAAAAUGCAAGUCAGCAAAACCCAGAAAGCUCUAGAGAUAGGCCUAGAGAAAGAAGGAGGCCCUCUGGUUGGGACCGUUAAUUCAUAUAGUGAUGAAUCUGCUUGUCCAUUGUCCGUGAAUGAUUUCCUUAUCUGCUGGGUCAGACUUUUAAUUUUGAUCUUGUCUUGUACUUUGUAUUAACAGGAAGUUCGUCCCCUUUAUUUGUUCCAAAGACGGUGUAUGGUUUAAAAGUUUCAGUGAAUUACUCGAAUCUACUUAUUUUGUAUAUGAUUUUAUUUUUAGUCA